AAGAAAAAGAAAUAUUAAGAAACUAAAAACGGUAAAAGUAAGAAUAACGAAUUAUUUCAAGGAAGAGACAAAGUCCCCGGCUGAAGUGGGAGAGGUUUUAGGAAAGAAAGCUCAGUGCUGCUCAGAGAGAAAGGACAAAUAUGGAAUCUAACCAAGUUUUCGAGUCAAACAAAAUUAAUCAUUUUCCUUUUUUAUUAUUUUGUUUUUAUUUUUUUGCGUAUGACAUGACAUGAACGCCCAUCUCCUUGUCCUCUCUUGCUGUGGGUUCUUCUUCUCAGCUAUAAGAAUACCCACAACAUUUCCCCUGCAACGCCCUCUCUCUACUCUCUCCCCUUUCUCUCGCUCCAAGAAUCUAGACAAGAACAGACAAAACAAUAUGGAAGAGUUGGGUUCUAUUUGGUUUUACCAAGAGAGUAUGGAUGAAUUAAGACAAAAGCUUCAAUACACUUCCUUUGAGCUUGAAGCUGUGAAAACAAAAGCCAAUGAAGAAUCAAAGCUUCAUCAAGAAGAAGUGAACAGUCUUCUUCGUCUCCUCAAACUCGCUCGUCAAGAAAGAGACGAAGCUAAAGAUCAAUUACAGAAACUCCUCGCGAUUAAAACUAACUCGAGCAUCACUGAGUCAAACUCGCACGGCUCUUCACCGGUUGACUCGUUCCUCGAACCGGUUUCGUCUUCCGAAUUCUCCAACUUCAACAUUUUACUGGAACCGGUUCACCAAAUGAAACUCAGUAACCGACCCGUUAACCGGGUCUAUAAUUCUCAGCAGAGACCGGUUAAGGUUGAUCCAGCUGAAGCUUUGAUGAAUGAGAUCAUAAAAGGCAAAACUUUACCGGAGAAAGGGAAGUUUCUUCAGACUCUGAUGGAGUCAGGACCGUUGCUUCAGACACUUCUUGUCGCCGGUCCUCUUCCAAGGUGGCGUAAUCCUCCGCCGCUUCAACAGAGUUUCAGGGUCCCGCCGGUUUCGAACUCGUAUGAUAUCUUGAAAGGUUGUUCAACGAAGACAACGACGUCAAUGCUCAACUUCAGAAGUUGUUCUGUUCCUGGAAUUGCUACUGGAUUGGAAUUUGCUAAGAGACAAAGAUUUCAUUAGUAUUUUUCUUCUUGCUCUGCUUUGUUUUGGUUAUUGAGUUAGCCGCCUGGGAUUAUAUUAUUUGUAAAGAUUUUAUAAAUGGGGUUAUGAGAGUUUGUGUGUAAAUUGAAGUAUAAACGAUUUGAGAUUCAUGGAUUUAUGUAUUCAUGAAUCUUUAUUUCAAGCAAUUACCAUACAUUGUCCUGAUUCUUGAAUCUCUAUAAAUUUUGCUUUAAUCUA